AAGUACACCAUUACAAAAAUUCAUUUCUGCAGCAAGCAUUUCAAAGUACAUUAACAUGAGACAUUUCAUAUUUGUCUGAAGCAAUCACAUAAAAGCUCUUCAAGCGGUGGAUCACUGAUGCUAAUAUUUUGCGGAUUACAAUAGUCAUCCAAGUGAAGCUGCGAAUUUCUGACUGCUUUUUGUUCAUUAAAUUUGUGAAAUAUUUCCUUCAAUAAAACCAUCUGCUGAGGAUGGCUAUUUUAAGAGGACUAAAACGGAAUCUGUUAAAUAUAAAAAAGAAUGAAUCAUCGCCUUUAAUUGCGAACAAAGAGCAUUGGCAUGGGUUAGGUGUUCGGCACAUUCAAGCAUGUUGGUUAUUUGCAGCAAUGGUCUUCGGCUACUUCCUACGAGUAAAUAUGUCAAUAGCAGUUGUGGCAAUGACUAAAUCCAGUGAAAACCCAAAUAUUGAAAAAUAUGAUUGGGACUCAUCCACACGAUCCACGAUCCUCAGCAGCUUUUUCUGGGGAUACGUUUUAGCGCAAUUCCCUGCCGCAAUGGGUGCUCAACGAUUUGGUGCAAAAAACGUGUUGACUUUGUCAACUAUUGUUUGCUCCAUUCUUACUGCAGCUAUACCAUGGGCGGCGAGUGUUGGUGAUUGGACAGCAACAUGUAUUAUUCGUGUGUUGGUUGGAUUCUUCCAAGGCUCUGUAUAUCCUUGCGUACAUAAUUUACUUGCUAAGUGGGUACCAAGAACGGAACGUGGAUUUCUCUCAAGUGUAACAUAUUCUGGUGCUCAAUUGGGAACUGUAAUCAUGUUAGCUGUAAGUGGGCCGAUAGUGACAUCUUAUAUUGGAUGGCCUAGUCUAUUCUACAUAUCUGGAGGAGUCGCCUUCAUUUGGGCCAUUGCAUAUCUGAUCUUUGGGGCAGAAACCCCCGACCAUUCGAAUAUUAUCUCCGCCUCUGAAAGAGAUUACGUAAAAAAGCUCACUGGCAACAGCAUGAUCACGACAUUAAAAACACCGUGGAAAGAUAUGUUCACUUCGCGGCCGUUCAUUGCUUUGAUUUUUGCACACAGCGGAUUCACUUGGGGAUUCUACACUUUACUUACAGAAAUGCCAACAUAUAUGGACGGUGUUCUUGAUAUGCAUAUGGGAUCGAAUGGGCUACUUUCUGCGCUUCCUUACUUUGUGAUGUGGAUUUUGUGUCUCAUUGUGAGCCCUGUGGCAGAUUUCUUGAUUAACCGUGGCUACAUGACAGCCACAACCAGUCGAAAACUGUUUAACACAAUUGGACAAUGGGUUCCAAUGCUAUGCCUCAUUGGACUUGGGUAUAUGGACAAGAACAACGUCGAAUUUGCCAUCGCCCUACUAACGUUAGCUGUAGGGGUAAAUUCAGCUUCAUACGUCGGCUACUUAGUUAAUCAUAUGGACUUGUCUCCAAACUUUGCUGGGACCAUGAUGGGUAUUACAAAUGGAAUUUCAAAUUUACUAUCUAUAUUUGCACCGCUGGUUGUGGGUGGAAUAGUUGAAAACGAAGCAGACUCAAGCGAAUGGCGAACGGUUUUCUUCAUAACGGCAGGAUUCUACUUUGUUUGCAAUUUAAUGUUUAUCAUUCUUGGAUCUGCUGAGGUACAACCAUGGAACCAUGCACAGAUAAAUGACUCGGCUUUGAAAAUAAAUUCCAAUCAAAAUAAGCAAAACGAUCCGUAGAGUAAACUUAAUCGCCAGUGCAAAUAAAUAAAUAAGAUUUUCCCAAAGCAUUA